AUGCCUCGCACUGAACUCGAAUACCCAAAGGAGCCAUAUGGCACCGUCAAACGAUAUAGCCCGCGUGCAUCCUACGCCCUCCGCACAAUCCACACGAUAAUAAACACAAGCCCAAUCCUCCACGUCUCCUUCAACGACCCUUCCCCUUCCUCCUCCCCCUUCCCCACAAUCCUCCCCAUGCUCGGCCAAAUGGGCUCCUUCGCCCGCCCCUCAGCCGACGAAGGCGACGUCCUAGACCUCUACCUCCACGGCUACGUCUCCUCCCGCCUCAUCAACAUCUCCCGUCAACCCUCCUCCUCUUCCACACCAGAUGCACCCCCUCCCCCUCCAGGCCUCCCCGUCUGCAUAGCAGCAUCCCACCUGGACGGCCUAGUCCUAGCCCUCACCCCCAACGCCCACAGCUACAACUACCGCUCCGCAAUCCUCUACGGCCACGCCACCCUCGUCUCCGACCCGUCAGAGCGGCUCUACGCGAUGCAACUCAUCACAGACGGCGUCGUGCCAGGUCGCUGGGCCGCCACCCGCGUGCCGCCCAACAAGGGCGAGAUGGCGUCCACGAGCGUGCUUAAAGUGCGCAUCGCGACGGGGAGCGCCAAGAUCCGGCAAGGUCCGCCGGGUGAUGACAAGGGGGAUAAAGAGGAUGGGGAGGUUACGGGACGGGUGUGGACUGGGGUUGUGCCGGUGUAUCAGGUUCUCGGAGAGCCUGUUGCGGGGCCGUAUAAUGAGGUGAAGGAGGUUCCUGGGUAUUUGGGGGAGUAUGUGAGGGAGACGAAUGGUAUGACGAGAGAGGCGGCUUUUGAGGCUGCGAAGAAGGUUGUUGUGAAGAAGGGUGGUGAGGGUGAGUGA